UACUACCAAGUUGAUCAGUCACUGGAUAGUUAAGUUUAAACCACGGAACUCGUGGACUUCUUGAUUCUGCCGUAUGUGUUCUACGGUCCAACACAGCAGUUUACAGCCGCGUUACCCGCAGCAUAGCAUGUCCUUUAACUCGAGCCCCGGGAUGUUCGGCCUUGGUUCUCCGGACCAAAGUUACUACCGACAUUCAGGCUACUCCGGGAUGCCUAUGAGUACGAUGAGCACGAUGGGGAUGUACACUGACCAGUACGCCAUGACCCGUGCAUCCCCAUAUCACCACCCGUACGGAGCGCAACAGCAUCUACCGAAGGAUAUGGUCAAACCUCCGUACAGCUACAUCGCCUUGAUAGCAAUGGCCAUUCAAAGUCAACCGGACAAGAAAGUGACUCUAAACGGGAUUUAUCAAUUCAUUAUGGACCGGUUUCCUUUCUAUCGAGAAAAUAAACAAGGAUGGCAGAACAGUAUCCGUCACAAUCUGUCCCUCAACGAGUGUUUCCUCAAGAUAGCUCGCGACGAUAAAAAGCCCGGUAAGGGCAGUUAUUGGACCCUGGACCCGGACAGUUACAACAUGUUCGACAACGGAAGUUACUUACGGCGGAGGAGACGCUUCAAGAAGAACAAGGAUGGUUUGAAGAAUUGUGAGAAGGAGAAGGGAGAUGCGACGGGUGACAAGGUAGGUGACGUAGAGUCAGUCAAGCAGGAGCAUGAUUUAGAGGGCAUCGUAAAAAAGGAGGAAUCGGGCGAAGAAUCGGGCGAGGAGUCUUCCCUCAACAAAUGCGACAUGAGUGAUUCUUGCAGCAACACUAGCACUAAUCUCAACCACACGAACUCUUCAACUGCUACGAAACUUGAGCCAAUAGAUUCAUCGCCUGUGAGUGAUACGUGUAUGAACAGUUAUAAGGAAAGUAUGUCCCGUGGCAACCAGUCUCCCCCGAGGACCAACACCCUACCAAUUCCAGCUGACCCAGCAAUGCAUCCGUCUGACCACCAUGCCCUCGUUAACAAUUUUUCCGUCGAGAACAUUAUGACGACUAUGAACUCGUCUCCACAGUGUGAUCUUGGCAGUUCCAGACCAACGUUAAUAUCGCCGCAACCCUUGUCCUAUAGUCGUUCUCCUGCUGACAUGUACCGCACUCCAGUCACCCACUGCACUCAGUUGCCGAGCCAAAGUCACAGUCCCCUUUCAUCCGGUUACCAGUGUGUAGGGACACCGCAGCAGCAGACCACUUCGGUCUUCCCAGACCGGUCAGGGGCCCAGCACAUGUCCAUCGCCCCGACACCGGAUGACAUCAAUGUCGCAGUAUCGCUGGCGCAAUCCCAGGCGCAUACCAUGACGAGCAACCUCACGAAUCUCAGCAACAUGUCGCCGACGUCGCACAGCCAGUACAACCGGACGAGUUCAUGGUACAUGCCGUCAUCCCAUGUCCCAAGUAGCACCGACCUCACCCAACAUGACAUCAACUCCACCCAGACUUUCAGGGAUUUAUACGAGUGUCAGAGACUAAUAGGACAAUCUCCACUGCAAUCCCAACCGUCGCCGGUGCAGUCGCACAACCCACAGUCAGUGUCGCCGAGUUGUCAACUAGCUGCUUUCCGAUCGCCUUACAAAACGACGGGACCUUACUCUUACGAGUGUAAUAAGUAUUGACACUUGUGUUUUUCAUUCUGAGUUCUCUCUUGGUCUGCAGAAAAAGGUUGAAUUUUCAGUUUUAUUCCAAAGAUACGAAAACGUGUGAGUGGAUUGAAGCCAGAGGCCUACAUUUGUGUCUCUCCACCAUUAGCGUUUUGCACCGAUACUGACGGUCAAUUCGCAGACAAUUUCGUUCAUCUAACGGUAAUAUACUUAGAGUAGCCUUUAUGCAAAACUGCUUGUUACUCUAAGGGCAAACGACUGGUCUGUGGAAAUCAUCGAAUUAUAAAACGGUACUAUAUGGAGAAACGGUAAAGCUUCUUUUCAAUAUUUUUCCCUCAUUUUUGAAUACUGACGUUUUUAUUAUUAGUGCGUUUUAUUUAGUUUAAGUCCAGUUGAAAAUUCAACGCUGUGCUGCUGUUAUAUGCCCUAUCAGUGGAGCAACGGAUCGUGAAUUCUCUGCAAAUUCAACCCUUUUCUCGAUUGAGGUUAAUUCUUUUGCAUAAUUAUAUGCCGACUGUUCCGUCAGAAGUUCUGCAGGAGGAGUUUAUCACAUGCAGUAGUUACAGUAACAUCGCAUGAGAAUCCAUGUCUGCAAGAACGAUUUGUAUAGCUAAGUGUAAAUAUUUAUUUAUAUCUGCAGAUGACAUUUGGGGGGAGGUAAACUAGGGUUAUAUGAAAACCAUUCGCUUUCUGUCGUAUUAUAAUUUUAUCCUUCGAUUCUAAGCAUAAUUCUGUAUUUUGAGAUGAGAGCGAUUUUUAACUGAAUUUAGAAAUCAUUAGAAAUCAUUGUCUAAAGAUAAGGGUUAAAUUUCAGUUAACCUUAUAAUUUCAAUAUGUACCUUAAUCAAUUUUCUUCAGCAGGUAUA